GAUGAGCCUUCGCAGUGUGGCACAUCAGCCGCAAUCUUGCUCACUUUCCACACUUCACUUUCUUCGGUGGCAAUUUCUCUGAGGUUUAGUGGCUUCCGUGUGCGUUUUAGUCCUCUUGCAGUAGAAUGACAGAGCCAAAAGCAGGCGGCUUUAGAGAAGCUGCAGGGCAGAUUGGUGUGGCUCAGGGCUUUCAGGUUGGCCGGCAAUUAAUGUCAACAGGAAUUGGUGUUCUGUUGUGGGGGCGCUUCCUAGUAUCAGUCUCAUCAUCUCACUUAGCCUUGUAGGAGCAAAUCAGAGCUGGCCCUUCAACUGAGUCGUCAUGGCAAGAGGCCGCCCUCAUGGCCGGUCCAAGUCUGACCACAAAGUUUGUCAGGCAGCUCGACAUGCGCGAGCUGCUGAGUACAGGGAGAGGAUCGCCAUCAGUGCUGAGCAGCAGGAGGCGCGGAUUGCGGCGGUUAACGCAGAGUGCAACGUGGAGGAUGCCCCUCGUAGGCGGCGGGGCCAGACGUCUAAGGAUCCAAAGACCAAGGCAUCAGCUGCUCGGGUGUCAGCACAUGGCCAUUCUUCCAAGGCAACUAGCUGUGGGAAAAAGAAAGCAAACAAGCGACUGGAACAUGCGCAUGGCAAAGCUGCACAAAGAGAUUUGCACAGUCUUCACUGCUACGCAUGCGGCGCCUCUGCAGAGUUUGGGCUGAGGGGAAGCAAGGAGGGGGGCAGCGUCAAGUACUCGUGCAGAGUGCACACCACGUCCAAUGGUUGCUUUCGAGUCGACCGAGACCGCGCAGCAUGGGUAGAGGACCAAGAGAUGCGCCGCCUGAGAGCGCAGGAAAGGAGAUUAAAAGAAGAGCUGCGAAACCUGGGAGGGACUUCGUAUGCCGCGGAACCAGCGGCAGAGCAACCCAGCGCUCCACCAUGUGCUUCCGCACCUUGGAGUGAGUUCCAGAGUACAAGGGAUUGUGUUUCGAUGCCAAUGAGCCGAUCGCUCAUAGUUACUCUCCUAAUGAUUGGUGCCAUAGAGAGCAAUCCUGGACCGCCCUUGCCCUCAGAAUUGGAAGAGAUUGCAAAUUGCAAAAGGAGUUGGCAGGAAGCUGACCCGCACAUCAGCUCCACGCUGCUGGCUCACCUGGCACAGCAGAAGGUCAACUUCGCACACUGGGAAAGAUCGUCUCGUGAAGACCGCUUGGAAGACAUACGCGAACUGAAGAAGGCGUUUGAGGCAGAGGACGGAGGCAGAUGGGCACCGGGCUGGACUACGUUCCUUAGAGAGGCUCGGGGUAAGCAGGUUCUUCUGUUUGAUGAGUAG